CCGCAGCGAGUUCCGGUGUGAGGCCAGGUUAGGUUGGUGAGGCGUGUGGGUGAGGGGGGCAUCGGUGAGAUAUUUUCCUCUGGCCAAAGGCAAGAAAAGACAGCAAAACAUCUUUUGACAAAGUCUUGCUCUCGAAAGAUGGAGAUCACAUCAUAUUACACUAAACUUCUGGGAGAACUAAAUGAACAGCGGAAGCAGGACUUCUUCUGUGACUGCAGCAUUAUUGUGGAGGGGAGAAUCUUCAAAGCUCACCGGAAUAUUCUAUUUGCUAACAGUGGCUAUUUCAGAGCCUUGCUGAUUCACUAUAUCCAUGAUAGUGGGCGUCCUAGCACUGCCUCCCUGGACAUUGUCACAUCUGAGGCCUUUUCCAUAAUACUGGACUUUCUUUAUUCUGGAAAGCUGAACCUUUGCAGUAAGAAUGUUAUUGAAGUUAUGUCAGCAGCUAGUUACCUGCAGAUGACUGAUGUAGUUAGCUUCUGUAAACUGUACAUUAGAUCUUCUCUUGACAUCUGCGUGAAAGAUGAAAAGGACGAUAACUGCAAUCAUGUGGAGAAUGGGAAUAAUGUAGCAGCCUUUGGGGAUGCUGUAUCUUUUUGUAGGAAUCAAUGUCCAAACCCCGUUACAUCAAUUCAACAGCAGGAAUCAAGCCCUGAUAAUAAUCAAGGCAUAACCUGGAAUGAGUGCAAUUCUUAUCAUCCUAUAGAUCUCGCACAGAAAGAUCAGGACAAUCUUUCUCCAGAGAAACUUCACCCUCCAUCUUUACCUAAACUUCCAGAACCUAAAGUUGAGUUUGAUGAGGAUGAAGUAGAAUCGGUUGACAGAUUCCGGCAGUUUACAUCAUCUGCCACAGACCAGGCUGAGGAGAGGCUGCAAUCUGCACCAGCUAUGGAAAUAGCCUAUGAAAAUUAUCAGAUGAAGCAGUUCUUAGAAGUUUUAUUGAGGACAGGGAACGUCCAACGGAAGGAGGAUCUGAUACAGCACUUUUCCAGAGGAGGGCGUCCAGAGGAUGGAGGGGGCUCCUUCUCCAAUAUGAUGGAUGUACAGAGUGAUUGGUAUGGGGAGGAUGCAGGGAAUGGAAUAAUUGUGCCAAAAAAGAUCUACAAGUGCCCGUUUUGCACCUACACAGCUAAACAGAAAGGAAUCCUAAAACGACACAUGCGCUCACACACUGGAGAGCGCCCAUACCCUUGCGAGACCUGUGGAAAAAGAUUCACCAGACUUGAGCAUCUUCGAAGUCAUGCUUUAAGUGUACAUCGUUCAAACAGACCAAUUGUCUGCAAAGGAUGCAGGAGAACAUUUACCAGCAACCUGCAGCAUGGUGCAAGGCGGUUUGGCCUCUGUGAUAGUUGCACAUGUGUGAUGACCACCAACGAGGAGACAUCACCGGUCAACCUGAGCCAGACUGAGCAGGUUCUGGAGAACCAGGAGAAGGACGACAAAGAUACCAACUGGCCUGUGUACAUAGAGUCAAGUGAGGAGAAUGAGUCUGCUGGAGACAAUGUGGAUGACAAGCAGCAGAUUCAGAGAAGCUUGACAGAUGGUGAAGGAUUUAUUUAGUGCUAUCCUUAACUAUUUCCUCUUCAGGCGAAUUGCAAAUACUCCCUUAGCAUCAUGUUGAACAGGUGCAGUUAUGUACCACUGUAUAUAGUAGGAAAGUUCAAGGCCAAAGAAACUCCAGCCACUACAGAUCCCUCAUUGAUUUCUGAGUGGGAUAUGAGCAGUUUAAAAGAGCCCCUAUCCAAGGGGUUCAUUAGGAGGUCAGUAAACUGGAGAGAAGAAUGCUACAGAAUGCCUGUCGAUUUGAAUGGGGGAAGCUGAGAAGCCUCUUUCUGUGACAACUUCUCAACUGGAAAGAGCCAAAUAUCUGCUGGUAAAACCAAAGUGAAAUCUUCUGCAUUAGCAGAAAAUCUAGAGCCAAUUCCUUUUCAGCUUUUGCUGAGUAUUUCUGUUUGUGAGAAAUACUUAUUUUCUUCCCAAACAAUAUCCUACACAAAUACAACAGAGCUGGAAUAAUUCUACUGUAAGUGACUUUUUCUGGGAAAGUAAACUAUAGUGGUUGACUGGGCUGUGCCACUGGCAAAUCACUUAGAAUUUCAAGAUCAAACAGCUUGAAAUGCUGUGCAUUCAAUAACUAUGUACAUAAAGUUCUUUUUUUAGAAUGGCACUAAAAUACGGUAGUCUUGGUGUAUUGAAGUAUUCACUGUUGGUUAAUAUGUGAAUGUUUUAUAGCUUGUAUAUAGUGGAUAUUGUGUUGGUAUUCCUACGGUUGAGUAAAAUCUGUUCUCUUAAGAGUUAUUUUUAGGGGCCAAAAGCCAGAACCACUGGAUUUCCCCAGCCCACUGUGGGACACUGAACAUUAUUUAACCAGGAUAUGGCACAGGUGGAAGGAGGUAGAGUGGAUUCCAAACAACUGAGGAAGGCUCUCCAGCACUUGACUAUUUAUGAUAAUUGUAUCCAUUCUCAUUAUUGUCUCUUUUUAUUUUUUUAUUGUAUGUGAUUAAAUUUAUUCCCCAUUCCUGGCAGCCUACAGGUUUGGCUAAACAGAGGUGGAAAAUGAACAGCUGGAAUGAUAAAGAUUUUGAUGAACCCUAUUCUUCACUUUUGGAAAGUGAAAUUCAAGGGCUAGAAAAUAGUAUUUAAAGAGAACUUGUCCUACAGGAAAUGAAGCCGAAACUUGUCCGUUAUAAAUGUGUACAUGUUCUGAUGGAUGUAUCAGAACUGCUUUAAACUGCAAUAAUUUUUUAAAUUUACAUUUGGCCUUUCUAAGGGGUCAAGUAGCAGACAAGACUGCUCAUCUAUAAAGGAAUCCUCAACUUUGUCUAAUAGGUUAUAUUGCUGUUUGCUAGCCCUGGCUCAAUAAACUGUCAUUGUUUUGUGUUGUAUAAUGGGGUGCUGUAUAAUGGGGUGGAAACAGUGUCCCUAUGUCUCGUUGACGCAUUGUUCCUUUUGGUGUUUGAUCACUUCUGUUGGUUUGGACACUGUGUUUUAAAGUUUUAUCUUAAUAAUUACUGAGUAGAUGUGAUUUAAUGAACAUGUGCAUGUCGUAAAGUUUGUUCUCAAUCAUACUGAGGCUAACAUUGUCCCCUCUGACUGGGAACAGAGAAUCUCAUUAAAGCUUAGAGCAGAAGGCCCAGAAAUUAUACAGCCAUGGGCAGUUAUCUCAAAAUAUGAAAACUAUUGAUUAAUAACCAAUAUUGAUUCACCUUUCUCUCCUACACCUCAUUCUUAGUGGUUUCAAGUAUAUCCCUCCCUGCGUAAAAUCCCUGCAUCAUUUAUCUGUGACCGAUCAAACUAACUUCCAAAUUUAACCAGUGGCACUUUGGAAGGGGUUAUACAAACUCUCCGUGUAGAAUUUAUUUUUUUACUUGUCAGCUGUCCAAAUUAUACAAAUAAUUUGUUGGCCUAAUCAGUGCCACUUUCUGAUCCCUCCUAAAAGAGACGAGGUGUUGAAAUGAGUUAGCACUCUGAUCUUUUAAUUCAGGGAUCUGAAUAUUAAAUCCAGCCCAGAGUAGAGAUAAGUCUAUUCUACCUUCCAACUGCAACUGUUCUAGUUACCUGUAGGUUUGAAUACAUUGCAUAAAUAAUUCAUAAUUUAUUGGCAGUCUUAUUUAGGCCAAGGAGAUGGGUGGUAUGACAUAAGUCACACUAUUGCAUUAGGUACAGCCAAGGUUGGGAUUAAGAGUAGUCUGGUGGAGUACAAAUUAAAUUACCUAUGCAGCUGUUCAGUAGAGCCAAGUCAAAGCUAAAAUAUGGGAAGUUAAAGGAAAUAUCUGGUGAACUCCUGUGCUGUCUAGCAAUAUUGUCAGUACUGGAAGCAGAUUAUCAACAGUUAGUCCAUGGGCAAAAGAGGCUGACUCUGGAGAGAAAUUAGAUCUCACAUUGUUGGUGCAAAAGAAAGGAAGCUUUACCAGUAACCCAUAUCCAACUUGGAGUGUCUGCUGCCAGUGCAGAAUGCCCAAAGUAUGAGUGUUCCAUUCCAAAGCAUUAAGAUCCCAUAUGACUUCAAACUCAUCAAAAAAAACCUAAAGUUUUCAUUCAAAAAUUGUGAUUGUGUUUUUAAUUGCCCUUACAAAUUAUCCAGAUAGUCUUUGUUUCCAGAACCAUAUUGGUUGAGGCACCAUAUUUGGCAUUGCAGAGUUAUUAACACAAGUGUGGCAGUUGCAUUGUUUGACAGUCACCUGGUAGGAAGGGGAAGAUGGGGAGAAAGGGUUUGAGGGAAAAGCAGCAUUGCUGAAAUAUACCUUUUUUGUUCUCGGUGAACUUCUCUAACAAUUGAGAUCCAUUAAAAACUGAACAUGAUGUUUUUGAUUCAUGACCACCGUAACAUUCAUCUCGGAUGUGGACAGUAGCAAUUACAAAUAAAUAACUUCUCGCUUUAUCCACACGUGCUGAGAAUAAGGCAGAACUGAACUAUGCUGUCUGAACCUAAUAUGGCAUUUCAAUUGUAACAGUAUUGUGUCAGAACAUAACCCCAGGUUCUCUAAUUAAAGCACUUUCCACCCCAUUGGAUAACACCAUAAUAUUCAAAGAUGUAAAAUGUACUGUUUGAAUGUUUGAUUAAUUUUUAAGAUAUAACUUAAAAAUCUCUCCGAAAAGCAGGUUCUGUCUCAAAAAUAAUCUAAUUACAAAAAUGCAUGAAUUAGAAUCUUGUACAAUUUAAAAAACAACUUCUAUAUGCUGAAUUAAUGUUAAAAGGAGUGUUCCUUUAUAGUAGAGAUGCUAGUGGUAUUGAGUGUUAAUGUAGCAAUAUCACUGCUGAUGAGUAGAAAUAUUAAUACAAAGAAAGGGAUUUUCUUUUUGUCUUCCUUAGCCCUCCCAUUUUACAAUCUUUUUUCUGGAGAAUAAAUGGAAUUUAUAGUUGUAUGAUUACUGUGUUCUGAAGCCUGCCAGCUGAAUUAAUUAAGUCAGUUACAGUAAACUCCCUGUUUCUGUAACUGAUGCUGGGUGACCUCUAAUUGGUGAAAGAACUGUGGGAAUUCAGGGUGUAUAGCUUUCUCUCAAUAUAAUUAAUUUGAUUUUUUUUCCUCCUGGUUCAGUUUUAAAAAUGUUUUCUCUUUUGGGCCCUUAUAUCCUACCUCUGGAUCACAUGUUACAGUGCAUUAUUUCCUGUCCAAAAUGGCUCAACACACAACCUCCCAGGUUCUUUCCACUGUUGCUACUCCUGAGGUGGCCACUGGGAUGUCUGCAUGUGUAGCUUGUGGUGUCACAGAUUAAAAGGCCACUUUCUGUGGUGUAGUUGUUUGCUGCAUCAAACUGCUGUACCACUACACUGUCUCUGAAAGAUUUUUCAAAAGAAAGGUGUGGUUAAACAGGAUUGCAUCUUUUAAGUGCACAAUUUGAAAUUUUCUUUGAUUGCUACUGGCAAAAGUGCUAUGGCAAAGAUGCUGAUCCUGGGUUAUUUUAUUUAAUUUGGUGUUAAUGUGCACUUGGAGCCUCAAUAAGAUGUCUGAUCCUGAUUAAAUUCACCAUUGUCAUACCAGUAAAUCAAUUCUUAGAUGAUGCAGGGCAAAUUGCAGAGUUGCUGACAUUGUCAAUGUUUAGGACCCCAUGUGCUAUUGUGACUUGGACACUUUUGGUGUGAACUUGUUGCUUCUGAGCAUCCGUUACCCUUUGAAGAACAUUUGAUUUUUCCUUCUAUGUUUUACCAAACCAUGUCUAUUUUGGUGCUUCACGUUGAAUUUCACAGACCCUGUGGACGCUGUCGAUGUGAACUUUCCAGUAGAUGCAACAAAAUUAUAAAAUCAAGUAUUUUAUGGCCAACCAACAAAAUGGCAGUUUUUUGGACUACAUUUUAAGUGAUAAUUUAAUAAUUGUGUAUGUUAACUGUGUUGCAGAUCCCAGACAAAAGUAAAUGCUGUGGCUUAUGACAUCUUUAACUGUUAGCCCAGAAUGUUAAUUGUCCCAUCAGCACAACAAAUGUGACCUAGUGCUUAAAAGGUGAACUACACUGCAGCUAUGUAUCUCUACAGUAUUACUGUUAUUAAAAUGCAUUUUCAUAUUGUAUGUCUUUAAGGUAUUUUCUAUUAUUUGGACAUGUGCAGCCAAUUUUGGAGCAUGGGAAAUUGAAGUAGAUAAAGUCGAUGGAGGAGGUAAAAUUACAUUUCCUUAACAAUACUGUUACAAAUUUUGGGUCUGCCUUAGAUAUUCUUUUAGAUACAGUGAUGCUGAUCACACUCUCCAGUGAGCUGAAAGCCUUGCAGUCAGAUGUGUGCCCCUACGGCUAUUUAUCUAAUUUAUAUAACGAUGUAACCUGAAAGUUUAACAAUAGGAUCCUUGGUUAUGGUGUGUUUUACAUUUGAACUUCUCUCGUCCAUAUCUUUGCAGACUGAGAAACACUUUAGUGAGAUGAGCCCUGAUUUGAACUGUUAAGCUGUUUUAUUUUAUAGACAGCUAGUGAAUAUAAUUCAUUGAAUAUAACCUUUGUAAGUAAAUCUCACUUUCAUCAUUCAGUUUUGCUUCUCUUGAAAAUGAGGAAAAAAUAAAGGUAAUCCACAUGCUCUGUC